AUGUGUGAACUCCAUAUCACUGCAGAGCCUCUUCACUCAAGAGGCCUUUGCACCGUUUGGCACUGUCAUAUCCAGUCCGAUUCCUCGCGAUGCCAGCAGGGCACUGCCAGGGGAUCUAACAGUCAUCCAGCCUCUGUAUUCACGUGCUCCCACACCCCAUCGCACGCUCCCAGCGGAGUGCAGGCAGAGCCUUAUUGUUCGUUCUUCUCUUCAUUUCCACGCGAACCACGUACUGCUGUGCAAGUUGACUGCCUUGAGCGCCAUCCCUACACGAAACAGACGUUUGUUCCAAUAGCUAUACCUGCAGGAGCGUCCAAUUCUCCACAGUCAACAAUAUCCUCCUUUCUUGUAGUUGUGGCGCCGACUACUACUGCCAUUCAUGAGGCGAUUCGGGUUGAUGAUAUACAUGAGAAAAACAGCAGUUCCGCAACGAAUGCCCCGGACCUGCUACAUCUCAAAGCCUUCAUUGCACAUGGCAGUCAGGCAAUCUCCUACAACGCAGGAACGUGGCAUGCUCCUAUGAUCGUGCUUGGGGAUAUCCGGGUGGAUUUCCUAGUACUCCAGUAUGCAAAUAGGGUCAAGAAGGAGGAUUCUAUUGAAGCCUACAGGACUGUGCCAUGA